AUGUCUGCUCCAACACGUGUCAUCGUCAUCGGCGCUGGCCUCGCUGGCCUUGUUGCCGCAAAGACCUAUUUGCAAGUCUGCAACCAUCUCGGGCGACCGCUCGACCUGAUCGUCCUCGACGCAGCAAAGAACCCAGGCGGCGUGUGGACGACAGAGCGUCAUUAUCCGGGCUUGACGGUCCAGGCCCCUAAUGGAUACUACGAGCUUUCCGACUUCUCAAUGGUAGAUGCUGACCAUCCGUGGAACUCACUGAUCCCAGCCGCCAGAGAACAGGCGUAUCUGGAAUCGUACGCUCGCAGGUUUGAUGUGUACGACAAGAUUCGGUUUUCCGCGACCGUCGUCAAAGUCUACAAGCGAAAAGCGCCAUCGCAACCAGGAUGGUCUGUCGAGAUGGCGUCCGGCGAAGUGCUCGAGUGCGACAAGCUCAUCGUCGCCUCGGGACUGUAUUCAAAGCCUAGGCCGAUCCCCAUCAUUGAUUCCGCUUAUACUGGUACAGCUGUCCACUCGCGCGACCUAGGCCGCGUGCACGAGAACAUCUCCAAAGAUACCACGGUGAAAGAUGUGGUCGUGAUAGGAGGCUGCAAAUCAGCUGUUGAAGCAUGCUCAGUCUUCCUCGCCUCCAACAAGCGAGUCCACUGGAUCAUUCGGCCUUCAGAUCAGGGCGCGCCUCUGAUCAUCUCUCAUCCCGAUGCAAAGCCCAACCCCCUGGCGCUCGCGGUCACAAGAUUGUUUCCCAUCUUUUCGCCGUCGAUUUGGAGCACCGGCGGGUUUUGGUACGGCUUUCUCCACUCUGGACGUUGGAUUCUAGGCACCUGGAUCGUUCAAGGAUUCCUCAAUCUGAUGAGCUGGGCGAUCACGAGGGAGAUCCAUUACGGGAAGAGUCGAAACUCUGUGAAAAUUCAGCCGAAGGGAAAGUCCAUGUUCUUCUAUGCCACCUACCUCAGUCUGAUUGUAGAGGGCCAUCCGUUCUUUGAUGCGUUACAUGAGGACAACCCCGACAAACUCACCGUCUAUCGUGCAACACCGCUGAAAUGCGAGGGCAGAGAAAUUGUCGUGGACGAGGAGGACAGGGGACAGAGGCGUCUCCCAGCUGAUGCUAUUAUAUGGAGUAUAGGCUGGGAGCCCGGCGUUGACUUCUUUGAGCCGGAAGAAGCAGCAGAGAUUGGCCUCCCUGUGCCCCUACACAGAAUCAACAACAAGAACAAAAUCCUGUCGGCAUCUACAAAGGGCGCCGUUCCCAUACCGUCUCCCAUAACCCCAAGUGACUCGGCUCUGCCACCCCUUGAAUUCUACGACGGCAAGAUACGAAAGCUGUUCCCGGGGACGUUAAACCAAACACCUUUCCAACGUCAAGCCCCUACCAGCACCAUUUCGCAUACGCGAUGGGGUCUCUAUCGCUUCAUCAUCCCGUCUAGCCACCUUGCCAGGGACGACCGCACGCUCGCCUUUGCUGGCUUCAUAUCGUCUGCCCAGACGGCAGCUACAUCUGAGAUUGGCGCGCUUUGGGCUGUGGCGUGGCUUGAGAAUCUCUUCACUCGAGUGCCGAUGCCUCUCCUCGACAGAGUUGACGCCGACAGAUUGACCAUCCCACCGCCUUCGUCAACAUCAAAGCCGAGGCGUGGGGAGUCGAGAAAGCAUGGCCGGGGGGCCGAGGACCUCAAACUCCUCGCCGAUGCCGAAAUACGCUUCAAUCAAGCCUUCCAAGAACGCCGCUACGGGUUUCGUGGCGCAAGGGCGCCAGAAUUGAUCCUUGAGGCACGAGGCUACAUUGACGUACUCUGCCGGGACUUGGGGGUAGAGUCGCAGCGCAAACGAUAUCGGAUGCGGGAGCGGCAUGGCGGAGCUCUGCCGAUGGAGGAGACAGGGUGGUGGAAUGUGAUCAAGAACUGGUUCAGGGAGUAUUUCGAGCCGUACAUUGCACCCGAUUUCCAGGGUGUUGUGGAAGAGUUCUUGAGGAAUAGAGAGCGCGUUUUGCCCGAGAAGGACGACUAA